UGCUGGACGGUGUAAUGCGCGAAUCCCCCUUCUAUGAUUUUGUACGAGUUGUCAAAGUUUGCAAAGCACGCAGCCAUCAUUGCUUCGUUUUCGUUGCUUUCUGCUCUGCUUUCUGGUGUGAAGUGAAAAUGUCGACUAUGUUUUGGUGUCUCCUCCCAUGUUAGCUCGGACUGGUGCUCAAACCCAGAUCCUGGAAGCACCUCCGGACGAGCACAACAGAGGGGAAGAGAACCAUUUUCUUCUUCAUCCAUAGCCGAGAAUCAGGAAGUAGAUUAGAGCAGUGCAGCAAGGAAAAGAUGAGCUCUAAUGAAGCCCACUGGGAACCAUUGGCGGAAAUAUACCUAUCCUAUCCGACAGAAGCGAAUUUAACAGCAGCAGCAGCCAGCAAGGAGAAGAAAAAGUGCAUUUACUGCCUGUGCAGCCGUGUCUUCAUUAGGAACUAUUACGAUGUUUACGUGUCGACCCUGGAGCGGGGCGAGCCCAAUAUGUUGGAAACAUCCUUAACGGAUCAACACGGCACGGAUGAGGUUGAUCGCAUAGUGGCUGUGAAGGAAACCGCCACGGAGGUUGUGGAAGAAAUCGAGGAUGAUGUUUUUAGCGAGGAACCGUUACGGAAACAGCUAAGUUUCGGAAGGAGUGUGGUCAAAUGGGACCGAGACUGCGGCGCCAGCGAUGCCAGUUGCUACUUUAGUGCGAGUGCUUCCCAUUCCGAUACCAACUAUUGCAGCACAGACGAACACGAGCACAUCUUUCACGGAGCCGUGAUGGCCUGCCACGGAUUGCACUCGAGCGACAGUGGUGCGGAUAUUUCCGAGAAGAAUUUCGAACGCAAGUAUGAGUCGAAGGAGAGUUUCUUCGAGGGGGUCAAGGAAGCGCUGUCAGAAGAGGCGAAAGUGCCUUCGGUGGUGCAUACAGAACGAAACAAUAGCCUUCCGGAGGUUUUUGGAAGGGAGGAUUUGCAGGAAGCAUGGGAAGCCUACUGGAGCAAGCAUGGAGAGUCGAUUAUCUGGGCGUCGUGGAUCGAAAAAUACAGCGAUUACAUUAAUCCGGAAUAUUUGGAUCAAGUUCCGCAACAGCAACAGCACGAAACGAAUUGCAAUUCACCACAUUCCAAGAGUGAGGCCACUCCGGACACAACCUACGACGCUUCCAAGCACUUUUCAUUCGAUACAAUGGACGCUGAUCCGGACCCGAAAGCACCAACGGAAAUAAUUGUAACUACCAGCUCCCCGCAUCCUUGUUCUCGAAGUGACGAUUGGAACGACAUAUGGACUGCACAUCGCUCUGGCUCGACAGAAAACGAAGCUCUGUUGAGUCCGCGUUGUGAUUCUGUCACUUCCAGCAUUCCCCUAACCAUUGGCACCACCGAUUCGAUGACCAAUGUAACGCGAAUGACAAUCUCCAGUUACGACUUCUGCAGUUCGAAGGUGAGCUCAGAGUCGUCCAAUCUGAGCGAGUCCAGCUUGAGCGAGCAGAUUUCUUCCGAGGAAAGUUCCAACAGCUCCGAUCUGCUGGAAACGGAGUGCUUGGUAGGAAGCCGAGCCGGUGGUGCUGCAAUCGUCAGCUCGAAUCAGGCCGGAGCCACCGAGGUAUCCACUAUGCAGGACGAUGAAGCUGCCAUCGACGGCGAACAGUACUGGCAGAUCUUGUGGCAGAAGCAUUUCCAGGAGAUGUAUGCAACGCAUUACAACACAUUCAUGGCGGAUAAGAGCGACGAGCUGGCCGGAGGGUGCGAUUUGCGAACAAAGCUAUACAAACGCAAACGGAACAGUAGCAGCGGAUCGGGCAUGAUGCACAAAUCGACUGUCAACGAACAGCUUCCAGAAAUGGUCGCACAACUAAAGCUGGACAUUUCGUCUCCUAAAAAGCGAGACCCAUCCCAGGACCCAACGGAGAGCGAUCGGGACCAGCAAAAACAAUCAGCCAACACCAAAAAGGAUAAGCAGAAAGCGUCAUUGUCGGGGCACGCGGUGGAAGACAUUUCCAGCGCCUUGGAAGCAUACGGCCUACCGACGUCUUUCGGCAAAUCCAAGAAGCCCGUCGCUAAUCGUGGCGAUGGCGACGACGACCCACCGGAAGAUCGUCCAGUCAAUUUGAAACGAAGCCACGAAAGUGACACCGAGGAGACACCAAAUGACCGGCUGAAAGCCGCUUUUGAACUGAUGGGCUAUGCCUUUUCCGAUCCGGCCAACAAGAGCGAAUCGGCCGACUCUAUCAUCAACAUCACCGGCGAGGUGGUCUACCGAAAGAAGCACAUCCGGCUGCACAAUCGGGUGUUGAAGAUGAAACACCACAAGCCGAAGCACACGUACUUCGACGACGAAGGAAAUGAAAUCGUUCCACCGGCGGGUUCGGAGAAGGAAGAUGCCGCGCCCGAGGCAUUGAUGCAUACUUCUUCCGACGAUGAUGAUCCCAGUGGUGCAGUGCCGUCGAGGAGCGUAUCGUCGAGUGUACGCUCCAGCACCAUCUUGGAGUACAGUCAGCUUCAGAGUAAGGAAUCGGAAUCGCAGGAAGAGGAAGAAGGGCAAAAGGGAGAUGACGGGAAUCCUCCUUCGGAGGAGGCGCUGGAUGAGAAUGUGGCUUUACCGGCCCCUACCAAAAAAGAGAAAAAGAAGAAACGCAAACCGAAAUUUGUCGCCAGUUUGCCAGCGGAGAUAGCCAACGACAAAUCGCUGCUCAAAUAUUGGUACAAGCGCUUCUCGCUCUUUUCUCUCUUCGACUCCGGCAUCAAGCUGGACCGGGAAAGUUGGUUUUCGGUUACGCCGGAAAAGGUAGCCUCACACACGGCUGAACGUUGCCGGUCGGAUCUCAUCGUGGACGCUUUCUGCGGCUGUGGUGGCAACUCCAUUCAGUUCGCCUUCACCUGCAGCAAGGUGAUCGCGAUCGACAUCGAUCCGAAAAAGAUCGAAAUGGCCAGGCACAAUGCCGCCGUGUACGGGGUGGCCGAUCGGAUUGAAUUCAUCACGGGAGAUUUUUUGCACAUAGCGGAGAAGCUGCGGGCGGAUGUGGUAUUCUUGUCGCCACCGUGGGGCGGCCCCAGUUACCUUAAGGACGAAGUGUAUGAUCUGGAAACGUCGCUGAUUCCGGUCCCGGCGUCGGAACUGAUGGGCAAAGCUCGCCUGGUUAGCCGCAAUGUGGCCAUGUAUUUGCCGAGAAAUUCCAACACUCAGCAGCUGACCAUGCUGGCUGGGCCAAACAACGCGGUGGAGAUCGAGCAGAACUUCCUCGAUCGGAAGCUGAUCGCACUGACUGCUUACUAUGGAGAUCUCAUCAAUGAGUGAACUAGCUAGGAUUCAGCAGAUAAGGAUAUUUGCAGAAUUUUGCUUUUAGAAGGAUUAUUUUUGUGUUCAUUUUUUUAUACACAAUAAGAAAAGCGUAAACGAAUUACUUAGCAGAAAAUCUGAACCUGUAACAGAUUGACAGCAAUAGUCACCGGAUGGCAGAUUUUUAUUUUUUAUACCUAGCAUUAAAUACAAAAGGGAAUAAUUCGCAGAUGAUUACUAACAUUUUAGUAAAACUAUUAGUUUAACAAAUAGCCAAUUUGACAUAAGUUAAAGAUGAUCGCGCAUUUAACGUACUAUCAGAUAGGAUCGCAUCAUUCGUUUACAUUACAUUGUAAACAAAGCUUAUUUUACUAUAUUUUUAAAGCGACAAUCUUGUUUUAUGUUCGUGCUUAAGCGGAGUUAGACAGCCAACAGUUUCAAAUAUUCAACUAGAACAUUCUUCAAUAUGUAUGGAAAAUGAAUCGCAACAAGUUAUAUUAUUAGUUUAGAUUCUAAAGAAGUCCUUGCAUCAAGUGAACGAAGACCUAUGAAUGAACUCAUUGAAGUAGCGAAAGAUCGGAAUAUUAAUUAUAGAAUCAACACCAUAACAUGUCUCGCUCAGAAUUAUAAGAAAAUAAAGUAACCGUGAAGGUCAUGACUGCAAUUAGAA